CACCCUUGCCUUGCCAUGGACGACAAACCCUACAAACCUCAACGCUACAAUGACAAGAUUGCGAAGAUUCAUGAUCCCAAUGGCGUUCUCUUGAAGCUCGUGACCAAGCUGUCUGCCAUUGAAGCCUGGAACGGUCCUGUGAAGGGCAGCCUCACCCUUGUGUUGCACAAAGAGCUGACAGACCCAGAUCCUCAACCAAAUCAAGGUCCAGAAAAAGAUCGAGACAAAGACGAGGAAAAAGAUGCAAAAGAGGAACCAGGUUCCAAAGUUCUUCAGCUUGACUUUUUAGCUUGUGGAGGUACAGACUGUGGUCUUAUCAAGGCCACUGAAAAGGGUGAGAUUCAGAGCAUGGAGCUCUCGUUAGACACCAUGAAGAAGAGUCAUUUACUGCAGCCACAAGUGCAGGAGUGGUGCACAAAAUCUCUCUUCGUGGCAAGUAAGCGGGGAUAUUCCGAAAAGGUGGAGCUUCUUCUUAAGGAAGGCGCUGAUAUCAAGAAGACAGACAAAGUUGGCAACACAGCUCUCCAUGUGGCGGCCAGAAAAGGUCACAAAGAUUGCUGUCACAUCGAUUAUUCAGUUACUGAACUUGCGGAGUUGAUUGAGAAAGCAUCUGCUUUGCUGAGACAGAAGCUGACAGGUGACGUGUCGGAUUCAGGAGCAGCUUCUGUGGCUAGCUUCAGUGUGGUGGAGCCUGAGGCCUCAGCGGAUGUUGAUACUUUGAGCAAACCCGUUGAGUCUGGAUUGAGUGCACACAGCGAGCGUCAGGCAAUUGUGAACACUGACAUGAAGGUUUUUAAAUUUCCUUGGGAACGUGGACGUUUAGCAAAAAUCUUUGGAAACAGUCCUGCAAUCACUGUGAAGACACCUCAGUUGAAGAUGGGAGCGCAGAGCUUGCUACGCAUGGGCCUUACUGUCACUGAGGAAGGCAAGGUAGAAGCUUCACCAGUUGUGCGCCCUGUAGGUGUUGCUGAUGGUCGUGCAGUCUUUUUGACAGUUGUAAAAAGCGUACAAGAUGUUGCAGAGCCAGACAACCGUGCAGAACGCAGACAGAAAGCUUUGCAUGCCUGGUGGAGCCUUCUUGCACACAGCUUAGUUUCAAGUGCAAUUGGACUAAAAGUCACAGUGGAAGCAACAGCAGAUACAGUGUUGGAUUGCGCCAUCGAAAUUCUGGAUGCGACCUUCGCUGUCAAAAGUGCAGGCACGUUAUUCAGGCGUCUCUAUGCUAUCCAAUCCUAUGAGGAUUGGUGUGUUGCGCACCUGCAGAAACACUGGAUACCUGUAUCGGAGUUUGAUGUAUGGACAUAUGUCAGACAAUUGCAGAAGGAUGGAGCUCCAGCAACGAAGCCGUCGAGUCUGGUGGAGGCCUUGAGAUUCAGUUGGUAUCUCCUUGGAGUUGAAGGGGCUGACAAAGCUGAAGCCAGCCUACGAAUCAAGGGAGUGUCCUCACAGAUGCGUGCAUCGAAGCGACCCUGGAAACCCGCUGAUUUGCUCACGGCGCUUGAGGUCAGAGCUCUUCACAAUUUGUUGCUGGAUGAGUCUGAACCACUUGGUGACCGAGCACUAGCGGGGCAUGCGCUCCAUUUGUUGUAUGCCAGAAGCCGGUGGAGCGAUCUGACUAUGGUGAAUGGAGUUUACAUGGACCCUGAAGGUCAUUUUCUUGAAGUUGCAACGAGGGCGCAUAAGGGCGCUCGUUCAGCUGAGAUGAAGACCCGCCUUUUGCCAAUUGUUGCUCCUGCAAUUGGUAUCGAUGGCAGUGCAUGGGCCCAAACCUAUUUGGAUGUCAGACGACAAUGCAAUCUUUGGCUUCCACUUGAUGGGUAUGGACCAAUGAUGUGUGCACCGUCAAACUCCUCAGCUACUGCUUGGACACAGAGGGCUCUUACAUCCGAGGAAGGUUCGGAGUUCCUUCGCAAAGUGCUGAAGGCGCCAAAGACAAAGGACCGCAGAAUCUCGACGCAUUCACUGAAAUCUACUGUCAUGUCCUGGACUUCGAAAUUUGGUUUGUCGGAGUAUUCAAGGGCAGUCUUAGCCAGGCACACGUCCAAGGCUUCGACAGCGACAGCAGUUUAUUCACGAGAUCUUUUGUCGCCAAUCUUGAGGGAGCUGAAUCUUGUGAUCAAUGCGAUCUACAAUGGAUCAUUCUGCCCUGAUGCAACACGUUCUGGGAUGCUGACCCCAGGAGCAUUGCCGUAUAUGGGUGGAACGCCACUGCCGUUUGCAAACAUGCAGGUGGCCCCAACACCUGUCAAAACAAAGCCGCAUGAGGAUGACGAAGUUGAGAUCGUUGAGACUGGCAGUGCAUGCAGUGAGUGGUCCCUUGUGCAAAGGAAUGCGGAAGACAUGCGUCUAUUUGGAGCUGCAGAGACUGUUUCUCCUUCUGUAGGCCCUGAUCUGGAAGGUCAGGAUGCAAUUUCAGAGACAACGGAAGAGAACAGUGAACAAAGCACUUCAGAUAGUGAAGAUGACUAUGAGGAACGUGAGCAGCACAGAGACUUGCUCGAAGGACAGUCGGAGCUGGUGAUCAACAGGAAGUCACUGGUUGUGCAUCGAGUCAAGUCGCCAGGCCUUUUGACUUGUGGCCGCAAGCUCACACCAACCUAUGAACCGAUCCAUGGACUUAGUGGCAUACGUCACACUCCCUUGCUUUUGGCCGCCAAGCAUGGAUUCUUGCAAACAGUGAGACUUCUCCUGAGCGAAAGGGCCUCUGUGCAUGCCACAAACCAAGAAGGCAACACUGCCCUCAUGCUCGCUGCCAUGUGUGGAAAUGGUGACACUAUCACUGAGUUGAUGAAGUGGAGUGCUGAUGCGAAUGCGGCCAACAAGUACCGCUUCACAUCGCUACAUCUCGCUGCCGAAGAGGGGCACACUUUUGCUGUGAAGGUGCUCCUGCAGGAGAAAGCGAACCUGAACCAUGGAAACGGAGGUGCAGACAGCCCACUACUCCUUGCUCUCAAAGGAUGCCAGAUGGAAAUGGUGAAGUUGUUGAUUGAGAAGGGUGCCGACGUCAAUGCCUGGAAUGAGGAUAGGAUGACACCUUUGCUUCAAAUCGCCAUCUUAGGGCAGACGGAGGUGGUUCAGCUGCUGGUGGAGAAACGAGCUGAUAUGAAUGCCAAGAUGAAGGGUCUCAAUGCCCUGCAGCUUGCGGCCAGGCAUGGACAAGGAGAGACAGCAGCAUGCCUCAAGAAAGAACUUGAGAAACUUCUCUGCAGCCCUGACAUGAAUCUAUGGCAACGGAGAAAAUGUGCCAGACAGGUGAACGAAGCGAUUUCUGGUGCCAUCCAAAUAGCCAAGACGAGAGGCUACAAACAUGUCGUCAAGCUGUUGAAGCCGAAGGAGCCAAAG